UCUUGACUCACUCAACUCUUCAUACAACUUCACAACACCAACACCAACACCAAUAACAACACAUACCCAACACAACACCCAAUACAAACCACCCCCAAGAUGGCCCCCCUCCCUCCUCCCUCACCGCUCCCCGAGUUCGUUUACAAGAUCACCCCAUCCGCCCCACCAAACCCGAUCCCCGAGCAAUACCCGCUCUCGGACCUUGACCGGAAAGACGGUUUUGUGCACUUGAGCACCUCGUGGCAGCUACCCAUCACAUCAGACCUCUUCUUCAAAGACUUCGCCUCCUUUUACGUCCUCAAGCUGCGUCUAGCCAAUUUUGAUGCGUCCAGCGUCAAGUGGGACGAAGUGGACGGGACGAACGGGUGCCCCCAUCUGUAUGGCAACUUUGGGACCCAAGACGUCGUGGCGGUGAAGGAGUUCCGCCGCGGGGAAGGGCAGUCGUGGAAGGAGGUUUUCGCAGCGGAGACGGGUUGGUUGGAGUAGAUAGAUGAUUCUCAGCAGCAGUCGACAUAUGAGGGUGGAAUAUUGAUGUUGGUUUCUGACCACCAAACCCUCCACG